AUGGCGCCCGCAGCUGGAGCUAAGAAGCAGAAGAAGAAGGGCAAGGUCAAGGACAAGGCCCAGCACGCCGUCAUCCUCGACAAGCAGACUUCUGAGAAGCUCUACAAGGAUGUCCAGUCCUUCCGCCUCGUCACCGUCGCCACCCUCGUCGACCGCAUGAAGAUCAACGGUUCGCUCGCGAGGAGGUGCAUCAAGGACCUCGAGGAGAAGGGCCUCAUCCGCCCGGUGGUGCAGCACAGCAAGAUGCAGAUCUACACCCGUGCUGUUGGCGGUACCGAUUAA